AAUUAGUGCAAAUGGUGGUGGACUCGCCGUGGAGCUCAAGUGGCAGAGUUUCCACAUCCCAGCCUGUGUCUGCUAGGGAUCGAGUCCAAGGGUGGGGGCGAAGGGAAGCCUGGGGGCCCAGCCACACUAGCCGAAAAAAAAAAAAUUAUUGCAAAUGGUAAUAAAAAAUAAAAAAAAUUAAAAAUUUCCCAAACACACCGUUCUCUCUUCUCAGUCGAAGCGCGAAGGGGUUUAAAUUAUUUCGUGUUAUGAUCAGUGGAGUUUCCAGGUUCCUCCUCCGCUUGAAAGUGGUGCAAUGGCUUGAUAAUUUUUCAUUGCAAUCCUUCUUGGCGGUUCAAGAUAAAAAUAUCCAGACGGAGUAAAUCGAUGAACACCAGAGUGGUAUCUUUGAGGUGGGUACAUUUAUGGACAUCCCUUUGACGGAGAAAACGGUGAGUUUGGGAAUUCUGAUGUGAGAAAAAGUUUCCCAACAAAUCACAUCGCAUUUUUCGCUCCCUUUUAUAUCUUUUGGGUGAUUGAACAAUGGACGAUUUGAUUUGAGCAAGUGAAACAGAGAAGAUCGUUUCUUAAGCAUGCAUAAUGGACUUCUGGUGAUUGAAUUCUUCUCAAAAUCAAAAUGGGUAUUGUGUAACUGUUAUGAGUAUAGCUAUGUGCUCUGUCAAAUGGGUUCUCCUUAAUUCAAUCCGCAGAUGCAAUAAUUUGAAGUUUUUCAAACAAAUCCAUGCACAGUUAUUGACAACUGGCCUGAUUUACGAUUCCUUGUUUGCUAACUAUGCCGUUGAGUAUUUUGGAAAAUCUGUUGGUAUUUUCGAUUAUGCUUGUGAUUAUUUGAAACAAUUAGAUUGGCGUUUGAGCUCUUUCCCAUUCAAUGUGCUCAUUUCCCGAUAUGCUGGAGGUAACACGCCGAGGGAGGCCGUUUGGGCUUGCAGAAGGUUACGAAGAGAUGGUUUUGUGCCUGAUAUGUUCACUUUCCCUGCAGUUUUGAAAUCUUGUACUAAGUUUUUGGGUAUAGGAGAAGGCAGACAGGUCCAUGGUGUGGUUAUAACAAUGGGUUUUUGUAGUGAUGUCUAUGUGCAAAACUCGCUUUUACAUUUCUAUGGUGUUUGUGGGGACUGUGAUGGUGCAAGCAGGGUGUUUGAUGACAUGCUUGUGAGAGAUGUGGUCUCUUGGACAGGUUUGAUAUCAGGGUUUGUGCGGGUAGGAUUAUUUGAGGAGGCUGUAGCUUUGUUCUUGAAGAUGGAUGUUGAGCCAAAUAUAGCAACUUUUGUUACCGUGCUUGUGGCUUCCGGGCGAAUUGGAUGUUUAAGUGUGGGGAAGGCGACUCACGGACUGAUUUUAAAGCGUGCUAUGGGAUCACUUUUGGCGGUGGGUAAUGCUAUCAUGGAUAUGUAUGUGAAAUGUGAACAUUUGUUUGAGGCAAAGCAAGUAUUUUACGAGCUCCCGGAGAAGGACAUUGUUUCUUGGACAUGCAUGAUUAGUGGAUUGGUGCAGUGCAAACAUCCUAAGGAGUCAUUGGAAUUGUUCUGGAACAUGCAAAAUUCCGGCAUCGAGCCUGAUGAAAUUAUACUCACUAGUGUGCUCUCAGCUUGUGCGAGUCUUGGGGCCCUUGACCAUGGUAGAUGGGUCCAUGAAUAUAUUGAUCGCAUGGGCAUCAAAUGGGAUAUCCACAUUGGGACUUCAAUGAUUGAUAUGUACGCAAAAUGUGGCAGCAUAAAAAUGGCAUUGCAGGUCUUCAAUGACAUGCCUAGUAGGAACGUUUUGACAUGGAACGCCUUGCUGGGUGGUUUAGCUACUCAUGGACUUGGACACGAGGCACUCAAACAAUUUGAAGAAAUGACUAGGUCUAGCACCAGGCCAAAUGAGGUUACAUUUCUAGCCAUUUUGACAGCUUGCUGCCACUGUGGCUUGGUUGACGAAGGGCGUUGGCACUUUUAUCAGAUGAUAAGUGAGCCCUAUAAUCUUUCUCCAAGGUUAGAACAUUAUGGAUGCGUGGUUGAUUUGCUAUGUAGGGCAGGGAUAUUGGAUGAAGCUUUGAAAUUGAUAAAGACUAUGCCUAUGAAACCUGAUGUGCUGAUGUGGGGAGCUCUUCUUAGUGCUUGCAAGGCCACAGGAAAUGUCGAACUCUCCCAAGAAAUACUAGAUCGCCUCCUGGACAUUGAGUCGAAAGAUAGUGGGGCAUAUGUACUCCUAUCCAACAUAUAUGCUACUAAUAAAAGAUGGGAUGAUGUGACAAGGGUAAGGUGGCUGAUGAAGGAGAAAGGUUUAAGAAAGACUCCGGGGUCCAGUGUCAUAGAGGUGAACGGUAAGCCUCACGAAUUUCUUGCUGGAGAUACUAGACACCUUCGGAUUGAGGAUAUCCAUGUGUUGUUGUACUUCCUUGAUAAUCAAGUUCGCCUUCAAGGGCGCUUUAUCACACAUUCUUGAUAAGCUGUUAAGUUAAGAUCAAUCCCAAAAGCAAACACUUGACAUUGGGUUAACAAGAUGAGGCACAAGAUAUGCAGACAAUCAGACUUUGAUAUCAUGGUAUUGAUAAUCCUAAAAUCAUGUUAUUAAUAAUCCUAGAAACUAAGUUAAUAAGAAGUGGAUGGAUUCUUGCUUUUCCCUUAAGCAUAAGAAGAUAAAAUGUUUAUUUACUUGAAUUCAAAUCCGCUCACUUAAAAGAAAAAUGCUUUUUUUGUUCCCAACUGUACUUUAGCAGUUGUUGAAUUGGUGUGUAUGAAACACUUUUCUGGAACUUGAUA